AUGGAAGCCCAAGGAGCAUACAUCAUCCCCAUCAUGCUUCGUGCAUUGCAAGCCAUCGGUCUACGUUCCGAGACAUGGAAGGAGUCGACGACCAAGGCGCUAAGGGAGUUGGUACACUGCGUGCAAGCUGUGGGGGAGCUGUUGGAACGGAUGUAUGAGGGGUGUGAGAGUAUGGUGUUUUAUCAUCGGAUUAGACCUUAUUUGGCGGGGAGUAAGGGGAUGAAUAGUACCUCUAUGGGGCUGGGGAGGGGGGUGUUUUAUGAUUUGGGUGCUGCUUCUAAGGGGGAAAAUGGAGAAGUGGUGCAAGGACAAAAGAGAAAAGGAAAGUGGAUGGCAUACAGAGGCGGGUCGAAUGGGCAAUCGUCGCUUAUCCAGUUUUGGGAUCUGGUGUUGGGGGUGGAACAUGUGAGUGCUGGACACUCUUCUCCUCACGGGCAUGUCUCCAGUUCCGCCUCCGGCACUACCACCACCAACAUGAAAGAAAAAGAGAAACCCUUCCAUGAGGAAGUAAGGGAGUACAUGCCGCUUAAACACCGACAGUUUCUCUCACUCGUCGGCAAGAUGGGAUUGGGAAAAGGGGGGAUCAGAAAGGCAGUCAUGGAAAUGGUGGAAGCCGCAGAGCACGAGGGGAGGGACUUGCACGAAAAGGAGAGGGAGUUGCAGGGUGCUUUCACUGAUGCGACCAGGGCGUUGGCGGGGUUCAGAAAUAAACAUUUGCAGAUUGUCGCGAGGUAUAUAGUCAUUCCGUCGAGGCAGGAGGUGCCGGAGGAGAUGAAGAGGCCGGGGGUAUCUUUGGGGGAUGGAGAAGUUGGAGGGAACGAGGGGCAGGUGGUGAAUUUGGCGACUGCUAGUUCGGGGUUGUCGCAGGGGAAUGAUGACAAGAAGAAGAAAGGACGGGAACUGACGGGUACCGGAGGAACAGCGUUGUUGCCGUUUUUGAAGCAGACGAGGGAUGAGACGUUGAAGGCGGGGGAGGUUGGCAAAUGA